AACUUUUGUUAUUACAGUGGCUGGGCCUGGGUAUAAUGGCAGUUGGAGUUUGGGCAUGGAAGGAAAAGGAAACGUUCAGCAAUCUUUCCCGACUUACCAACGUGGCACUCGACCCGGCAUUUAUCCUCAUUCUAGUCGGUACAGUUACUUCGGUAAUUGGGUUCACGGGAUGUGUGGGUGCGCUCAGGGAAAAUACAUGUCUUCUUGCAACGUACGCCAUAUUUUUGGGAACAUUAUUACUACUAGAAAUGACGAUUGGAGUGCUGGGAUUCAUCUUCAAAGACUGGAUAAAAUCCCAAGCAACAGGAGGCUUUCAAGCGUUUAUAAUUCACUACAGAGAUGAUCCUGAUCAACAGAAUCUCAUCGAUUGGAUUCAAGAAGACUGGCUUCAAUGCUGCGGUAUCGAAGGACCGAAGGACUGGGAUCGCAACAACUAUUUCAACUGCUCCUCGAGUGAGAUUGGAUCGAGUGAAGCCUGCGGCGUGCCUUUUAGUUGUUGCAAGCGGGAGCCCAACCCCGGAGAGAGGAGUAUAUUUGAGCGAGGGUGCUUGAGGGCAGGCGAAGAAUGGCUAGAACUAAAUCUCGUCCCUGUAGCCGGCACUAUUGUGAGCACGAUGGUGCUCCAGACUUCGGACGUUUCUAUUUACGAAAAGGGAUGCAUACAAGCCGGCGAGGAGUGGAUGGAGAAAAAUUUACUCGUUAUUGCUACCACCGCAAUUAUUACUGCUUUUGCUCAGAUAUUGGGAAUAUGUUUUGCGCAAAAUCUACGCGCUGACAUAUUUGCACAAAAAGCAAAGUGGCACUGA